AAAUAAUAGAUGCAUGAAUGAUAGGAGAUGCUAUUUAUACAUUAAACAAACCUCUAAUAGCGACACAUUUAAUUUUAUUUGAAUUUCAAAGAUUUUGGAAAAAAGUAAUUUAUUUAUUGCGCACACACACUCACAGUCAGUCUCUUGUUCACACAAACACAAUCAAAAGGUGACAGCGCCAUCUAGAGGCAAAAUUCAAUGAGAAGGCAAGCGUGACAGUUGACUUGACGUUUCAGUAGAGAAAAACAAUGUCGUCCUCAAAUAAUAAUAAAGCGAUAAAUAAUGUAAAACACAUCCCCAAGGAUGCCCAGGUGAUCAUGUCCAUACUCAAGGAGCUCGGGGUUACGGACUAUGAGCCACGGGUUAUCAAUCAGCUCCUGGAAUUCACCUACAGAUACGUCACCUGCAUCCUGGAUGACGCAAAGAUGUAUGCCAAUCAUGCGAAGAAGAAAUUCAUUGAUCCGGAAGAUGUGAAAUUAGCUUCACAAAUGGUGCUGGAUAAGACCUUCACAAGUCCACCACCGAGGGAUGUUCUGCUUGAUUUGGCACGCAGCAAAAAUACAGCUCCCCUGCCCAUGAUUAAGCCCCAUUGCGGACUGAGGUUGCCUCCGGAUCGUUAUUGCUUGUCUGCGUGCAACUACAAGUUCAAGGCGACGGCACCGAUGAAGAAAAUUACAAAACCUGCUAUUGAAGCUCGUCCAAACCCACCGAAGCCACCGGGAAGAGUGGCAACACCCACGAAUGUCACCGUGAAGCGUCCGCCAACAAUCACAACGGUCCCGAAGACGCAAGUUGUGACCAUCCCGAAGCCCGUUUUCAAGUUCAGCUCUGCGAAGCCAGUGGCAAAACCCAAGCCGGGUCAGCAGAAUAUCAUCAUCUCGGAUGAGUCGGCGAUGAUUAAAAUUGAAGACGAUCCAAUGGGGAUGCCCACAAAGCGACGGAGAGACGAUGAUGACUUCGAAGUAGUACCCUGACACCUCUAGAUUACUAAUUUUAUCACUCAAUUUUCUCAAAAUAAUAAAAGAGAAAUCGAAUAAA